AUGGCGACGCGAUCACAUGAUAUGGCCCACGGAUCACUCGGCAUGGUGGGGCGGGGAGCCGCCGACGUGAGUGACCUGGUGCCUUUGGCGAAUACGGGUAUCGGCUGCGGGAUGAACGCAGACGCAGCGGCUCUCCAGCAGUCGGUUGUUUUCAAUAAGCCUUCCGACAUGGUGGAAGGCAACGUAAACGCCGCUGAAGAGUGCCGAGCCGAUGGCUCACGCACCAUCACUAAGGCGACGGUGUGCAUGCCAGCCGUCGAGCCCUUAGACUUGUUGUCCAUUAAAUUGGACAGCAUGCGCAUUGGCGUGCCGCGGGCGUCACGCAACGGCCAGCCCGAGUCCGACACCGAAAGCCUGGUCGAGCGCAACUGGUCGUCCGGCAUGAGCAAAGCACCGCCACAGGGCACCGCUUCGCGAUUCAGCUUUGAGCCCCUGAAGGUGAUGAGCUUCAACUGUCUUGCGCGUAGCCUCGUGGACAACAAGUACGUGAACAAUGACAGCGAGGUGAUGUCCUGGAACAGCCGCAAGUUCGCCAUUCUGGACGUCGUACGUGACUCCCUGGCAGACGUCGUGUGUCUUCAGGAGGUUGACGAGGCGGAGUACGAAAACUUCUUCUCGGGCGAAUUCCAACGCCUGGGGUACAGAUCCGUCUUCAAGAAAAAGAAGUCGCCCAAGUUGGACGGCGUGUGCAUCCUCUACCAGGAGGAGCGGUUCGAGGUGCUGUCACACAAGGACAUCGAGUUCGCCGUCGACGACGCCAACUACGACCGCCUGCAGGUGGCCAUCGUGCUCGCGCUGGUUGACAAGCGCAGCAAGUUAGUCGACGACGAACAGGCGAAGGUGAAGGACAUAUACAUCUUUUCCAACACGCACCUGUUGUUUAACAAAAACCGUGGCGACAUCAAGUUCGCGCAGUUGUGCGCGCUGCUGUUGGCCAUCAAGGACAUGGAGUCGGUGUGCAUGGAGCACCUCGGCGCCGCGGCGUGCAACCACCCAAAGCCGGCGAUAAUAAUGUGCGGCGACUUCAACUUCACCCCCCAGAGCCUGCUGUACCACUUCCUCAGCAAGGGUUACGUGGUGCUUCGCAACUGCAACGUGAGGCUCAUAUCCGGACAGUACCUCAUGUUCGACACCAUGUACAAGACUGAGCAGGGCGGGCACGGGAAGUCUGGCAUCACCGUUGGCAACUUCGAGGGCAACUACAUUUCCGACAUCUACGGCACUGGAACCGAGGGGGAAUGGGUGGAGCCGCUAAGCCGCACCACCGGCAUAGACAUGUUCACGAAGAUGCCAGAGUGGAUAAAGUUCGACGAGGGGAUGCACGGGGUCAUCUCUAAAUACCUGGGCGCCGUGAACGAGCGCAGUCUAAGCGGCAAGGAGGACGAAUCCAGCGUCACUCCGCGCAGUAAAGAUGCGGACGAUGUUGACAAGACUCUGGGCGGUGAGGCCAGAGACCUGCUGUUCUGCCCCUUCAAGUUCCACAGCGCCUACAGCACCUUCGACCCCGGGCAGAACCAGUGCAACGAGCCCGCGUUCACUGCGUUCCACGGCUGGCAGCGCGGCUGCGUGGACUACAUAUGGUACACUGCCGACGAGCUGAAUGUGCAGUCGCUGUACGAGAUGCCCGCUUACCGUGACGUAAAGGCGAACGGCAACCUUCCGAACAAGGGCUGGCCGUCAUCCGACCACUUCAGCCUUCUUUCUGAGUUCAAAAGACGUUCUAUGGUACCUCUCGUAUGGAUCGUAGAUGUCCGGCAGGGCGAAGAUGUAGUCGUGGAUUUUCUCGAAUGGCCAUCUCCUGUUUUCGAUCAUCCAGCAGAUGAGCAGGAUGAUGAGGAAUGCAAUUAA